AAUUAUUAUUUAUUACACACAGAGCGUGGCUGUGACUUGCGAGUUGUGAGCUUAUAGUACCUACACCCGUACCUACCUAUAAUAUACUUAUUUGGUAAGAAUUUUGAUUGUUUAGACGUAAUUCGUUUUAGUGAAUAGGUACAUCUUGCGAGUUGCGAUUCACAAUCAACACAUUGCUACGUCGUUUGGAAAUUUGGAGCACAACAGUCAACAGUCAAAAUUAAUAAUAUUAUGCAAUUUUCCUGUACGCCAAAAAUAAUUGUCUAAAAUGCAGCUUCCCGAUCGAAGAAAACUGUUUCAACAACGCCAUCAUCGUAGAGAAGAAAUUGAAGCUCAGCUGCGUAGAACACAGAUUGAUAGCACUAGUUCUGAAGAUGAAGAGUCAUUUGAAGAUGUAUCAGAUGAUGAAGUAGUAAAUGAAGGUGAAUCAGAAGAAGAAGUAGCAAAUGAAGGUGAAUCAGUAGAAGAAGUAGCAAAUGAAGGUGAAUCAGAAGAAGAAGAAAUGGUAAAUGAAAAUGAAUCAGAAGAAGAAGUGGUAAAUGAAGAUGAAUCAGAAGAAGAAGUAGCAAAUGAAGAUGAAUCAGAAGAAGAAGUAGCAAAUGAAGAUGAAUCAGAAGAAGAAAUGGUAAAUGAAGAUGAAUCAGAAGAAGAAGUAGUAGCAAAUGAAGAUGAAUCUGAAGAAGAAAUGGUAAAUGAAGACGAAUCAGAAAAAGAAGAAGAAGACGUGGAUGUUGAAGAAGAGUACAAUACAAGUUUCAGUGAACAAAGCUUAGCAAAUAGCAGUGGCGGUCAUAAUAGUUCUAAUAAUCUUUCUUUAAACGCAACAAAAGUUAAACUUGAUGAUAAUCAAUUAUCUGUUGUCCAUGAUGAAUCUUUUAAUGAGACAUUACAGAAUAAUACCGCACUUGCUAAAAGUAAUAAUGAACUAAUGAACAAAAAAAAUUCUGAUGAUGAUGAUAAAUCACAAUCUCUGCCCGACUCUAAUUUUAAUAUGAAUGAUCGACAAAAUCAAGUGGUUGAAUGGAUGAUUGCCAGAGAAAGUCAAAAACCAUAUGGCGGAAUAAUUGCAACUGAUAUGGGUACCACCGAUUGUAAAAUUACCAUAUUAAUGCAUUUGUUAUCGAAGUCCAAACCUCCCAAUUUAGAUAACACACAAUCAGAAGGAGAAACUGAUUUGGAUGAAACAGUUGUUUCCUCAAAAGGAUGUACAUUGAUUUUGUGUCCAAGAUCAAGUAUAGAUCAUUGGUUUGAUCGUAUGAACGAAAAAAAAAAUCAGGGUUCAUUAAACGUGUGGCUACAUUAUGGAAGAAAUCGAGAUAUAUCACUGCAAGAGUUAACUCAAAAAGAUGUCGUUAUCACAACAGUUACAUUGGUUCUUACAGGUUUCCGCAAUAAAGUAAAUAAUCCAUUAUACCAAAUAAAAUGGCAUCGAAUAAUAUUGGAUGAUAAUAAGCUUUAUAAUUAUAAGCAGCAAACUUCCAAGGCUUUAUGUCAAUUAUCAGGCAUUUGUCAUUGGGUUUUUUCUGGACCAACAAUUAUUGACAAUGAUGAUGAUGAAGCUAUCUAUAGUUUAAUUAAAUUUAUAAAUUAUACACCAUUGAAUAUAUUUGAAAAUUGGAAAAAGUGGAUAAAAACAAAUCAAGCUGUAUCAAUAUAUGAAAAGUUGGGGCAUUUAUAUUAUAAAAAGAAAAUUGUUUGAAUAGAAGAUGAUAUUUAUUAUCUUCAUUUAAACAAUUAUAUUUUAUUAAUUAUUAAUUUUUAUAUUGAAUUAUUUUACUUAGAUUCUAGUUAUGAAUUUGUUUUAUACUAAUGUUUUAUAAGAUAAUUUACUGAAUGAGACUAGUCAACAAACUUAUAAAUUAUAGAUGUAUCUAUGCAUCAACUAAUAGUAUUUUAAUUGUAAAGAAUGUUUCAUAAAAUAUCACACAAUAUUUGAAUAUAAUAUAUAUUAUACGCAAUAAUAAUGUAACUUAUAUUUAAAUCAACUGGAACAGCAACUCCACCUGAGUUUGUUUGUUGGGUCUCUGGUUGAACAAUAUAAGUAACACUUAAAUUA